GAGAAUCCUCCUCUCGCCUCCCACUUGAUCUUUGUAACCCGAUCUUUGUCGGGCGUGUUGAGGGACUGUCCUUCCAUCUGGUUUUAGUAGAGCUUACACAAGCUCUCACGAAUACCCUGCUGUGUACUUCAUAAAGUGUGGGUUCCUUACGUCUAUUUGAAGAUGUAUAAAAUCCUUUCCGGCGUUGUUAAUGCUCUAAGCAACCUCGAUGUAGACAGUUUUGCGCCCCCAAAACCUCCUCCACCUCGUAUGCCGGUGCAAUAUGCAGAGCAACGCGAGAGCGAUGAGGAGCGACAGUUCCGCAAAGUCUUCCAGCAGCUUGCUGGUGAUGACAUGGAAGUGAGCCCAAGUGAGCUGAUGAACAUCCUCAAUAGAAUCAUCUCAAAGCACCAUGACCUGAAGACUGAUGGUUUCAGCAUUGAGUCUUGCAGGAGCAUGGUGGCAGUCAUGGAUUCUGACAGCACUGGAAAACUUGGUUUCCAUGAAUUCAAACACCUCUGGGACAAUAUCAAGAAAUGGCAGGCUGUGUACAAGACUUACGACAGAGAUCACUCCGGGACCAUUGGUGCAGACGAGCUGCCUGGCGCUUUUAAAGCUGCAGGCUUCCCUCUCAAUGAUGACCUUUUCAGGAUGAUCAUCCGCAGAUACAGUGAUGAAAGUGGGAACCUGGACUUUGACAACUACAUUGGCUGCCUCGUCAGACUUGAUGCUAUGUGUCGUGCCUUCAAAACUUUGGACAAGGACAACAAUGGGACUAUCAAAGUCAAUGUUCAGGAGUGGCUUCAGUUGACCAUGUAUUCUUGAGUCCAGACUGCGUGGAACCACUGUUGUCUACACGGUGUUAAAAUAUUUUACCAACCACUUCUUAUAAAUCCUUGUGUUCAGGUUUACUGGAAAUAUUAUUGUGGUGGACAGGGAUUUAUUACUGUUCGAAUGCUUGCAACACAGAUAAGAACAAGCCUGCACUCACAAUGGCUGCUAUAACUGAGUAUCACAAUACAUACUCCUCAUGGUUUUAAAAAAAACGUGUAGCAAGCAUGAAUUACGUGUUAUUCAGCCAGCUUUAUUUGUAAUCUGCUUUAGAUCUGUUUGUGCCUUGAGGUCAAAAGUUCCAAAAACGUUAAUCUGCUCAAAUACCAGGCAAUACUGAAAACCAGGUGUAAAUAGGAACAAAACAUUUUUUUCACCACCUGAACCUUGAGCAACGCUGCAUCACCUCUUGACAAACAAGAAAUCCUUCCCUCCAGAAUUCAAUGUGUCAACGGCUGCCCACACAUGUUUUAGAGAGUUCUUAGAAGCAGGUGUACUUGGUAAUUUUAAUUUCUUGGAAUACCUGUUUGGCAGAUGUACAAAUGCACGCCCACUGGUAUUUUAGUCAUGCCACACAACCCUGAGCAAAGGUCUAGUUGAAGAGAGUAAGUGUACUAAUAUCUGGGGUACAAUGAUAAAUAAAUUUGUAACACUAUAUAUACACUGUUUGAAAGGCAUCAGUAUCUGUUUAGCCAUAGCCACAAGUAUUUUAUGAAAUUAUGGCCAUUAUUGCUAGAUUAGAGAUUUUUGAGACUUUAUUUAAAACCUAAAGGAAAGUUAUAUAAACGUAUGUAUUAUAGUUUACUACAACUUCAGCGUCAUACCCCCAGCAAUAGUAAUAUGCGCUCACUUCCAAAGCUAAUGUGGUGUUGACUGGUUGUCCAAUUGGCCACUGUGCACAGAAUGUUGUUGUUCAUGUUGUUUACUAAUGACUUUAUUACUCUUCACUGUAAUCAUUUAAUAUGCCUUCAGUAGCUAAUGCCAGCACACAAGGUGACCUGAUCAUAUAAAUUGUGAAUGCCACUUAUGCAUGAAGCCAAUAGUAAAGAUUCGUUAUUGUGAAUUUUUGACCAUGUAGUAAGAGCCACAGUGUUAAACUGUUUUUGAAUAUGCUUGGUGGAAACAUAUAUUUGUGCCAUAUUUGGAAUAAAAAGGUAUCAUAAUG